AUGCAAUUAUCACUACUUGCUUCGCUCGCUAUUAUUUCAACAUUAUUAGGUUCAUCAAUCGCUGCUCCAACUGGUGGUCAAAAAAUCAACAUCAAAGAUAAUGGUAAUGGUACUUCAGAAGCUGAUAUUCCAGGUUCUUCACAAGGUGUUGAAUUCCCAUUUUCUGAAAAUGCAAUCAUUGAAGCUGUCUCUUUAGGUAAUGAUGUUGCACCAGUUGUUUUAAAAGAUUCAGUUUAUUUCAUUAAUACUACUAAAAUUGGACAUGAAUUAAGUGAUAAAUCUAAUGAUAAAUCUAAAAGAGAAGCUAAGUGGGGUGUCCCAGAUGAAGUGUCAAGUGAUCCAGAAUUCCAAGCUGCUAGAGCUGCUUUUAUGGCUAAGAUCCAUGGUAAUACAAAGACAAGUUUUGGUAAAAGAGAAGCUAAAUGGGGUGUUCCAGAUGAAGUUUCUAGUGAUCCAGAAUUUCAAGCUGCUAGAGCUGCUUUUAUGGCUAAGAUCCAUGGUAAUACAAAGACAAGUUUUGGUAAAAGAGAAGCUAAAUGGGGUGUUCCAGAUGAAGUUUCUAGUGAUCCAGAAUUCCAAGCUGCUAGAGCUGCUUUUAUGGCUAAAAUUCAUGGUAAUACAAAGACAAGUUUUGGUAAAUAA